UAGUGUACAAACCAAGUAACAAACACUAAUCUUAAUUACAAAUUGCAAUGAAUUCUCUCACAAAAUUGCUCCAAUUUCUUCCAUUAUUAUUACUUCUUUUGAUCUUCUCAACUUCUUUUCUUGUCAUGGCAAGAAUGAAAGUUAUUAGCAAAUCAAGAGUAAAACAUAAUAAUCAUGGCGCCGUAACCAUGAAAUCUUCUCUUGAUAAUGAUGUUAACAUUUUACAUUACCAACAAACACUUGAUCACUUCAAUUAUCAACCAGAAAGUUAUGCAAAAUUCAAUCAAAAGUAUAUCGUUAGUUAUAAGUAUUGGGGAGGUGCCAAAGCUAAGUCUCCUAUAUUAGUCUAUCUUGGAGAUGAAGCACUACUCUAUGAUGAUACGCCUAGUCAGUUAAUUUUGAAUGAUUAUGCUCAACGUUUUAAGGCUCUCUUGGUUUAUAUUGAGAAUGAGCAAUAUGUUGUCACAACCACCUCCACUGCAUCAGAUACCCACUGAGGUUCCCCUACAAAACCCUGCUAAUGAAGAUCGUACACCUGAAACUGAUCUUGGUAGUAACACACUCUUCGAUGAGAGCGAAGAGGAAAGCGUACCAGAGACGCCGCAGUAUCCUCCUCCACCAGUUCGCUUGUUGGAACCCAACCAGGUUCCUGCACGAGCUACCCGUAUUUGGUCUGUUGCGGAAGAUGAAGCUCUGAUUGGGUUGUACUUGCAGAUUAGCGAGGAUGCUAUUAAAAGUACAAGCCAAAAAGCAACUAGCCUAUGGUGCAAUGUACACGCAGCAUAUCAAACUUUGCAUACGCAGAAGCCGCAUAUAAUUCCGCCAAGGCCUAUUAAGAGUCUGACGUCGCACUGGAGAAGGUUGGCAGCGGACACACUGCAAUGGAUAUCUUGCUAUGAUGAAGCAGGUAGACUUCCGGAGGAAGGGAGUGGUUACAAUGAAGCUGAUCGUAUGAAAAGUGCGGCGAAGCUUUUUCAUGUCGCCCAAGGUCGCAAUUUCACUUUUCCUCACGCAAUUGAAAUGCUUAACAAGGAUCCAAAGUGGAGACCAAAGCUGAGAUGGUCAAUGUCCUUGAAGGAAAGAAAAGCCGCUUGUGAUGCUGAGGAAGAAGGUAGUGCUGGAAGUGGGAAGAGAUUCAGAGAUGAUGUAGAGGAUGAUACCCCUACGGAUGGUUUUUCAUCUGGCGGUUUACAGCGACCCGAGGGUGACAGAGAAAUUCAUCUAUCUCUGAAACGUGAUUUAGUCGAACAUAUUUGGCAACGAUACGGGCCACAUAAUUAGGGAGAAAUUAGCACGACUUAAAUAAAGCCAAGUACUAUGGCGUAGCUACUUUUCCGUACGCAGUCGAGUAAUUUUUUAAUUGUUGUGUUUAUUUUAUUUCCUAAGUUUAAUUACGCAUGACGUUGCAAAUGUAAUUGGUUUCUAGUAUUGUACCGCUUUUAAAAUAAAUAAAAAUAUUUAAGAAAUUUUGAGCUUUUUUUUACAAUUAUUUCAUAUAACGUACUUAAUUUUACGACAAAUUUUAACGAUA